CGCAACAAAUUUUUAGGGCACUAUGUUGACUGCCAUCUGAGCUAGCUGCAGACUUGGCCGCACUAAAAUUCAAUAUGGCAGUAAUUCAAACUGUCCACCAAACACCAAAUGAUGUAUGGACUGAUGGAGCGGUAAACGAUCGAGUAUAGAAAUCAAAUGACAAUAAAAUUACUAUGACAGUGCAUGUGAUGCAAAACUUGGUAAAGAGUUAACAAUGAGUACACCGAAACUGAAGCAUGUCGUAACUUUCGACGAAAGAUGUAAGGAAGGUAAGUCAAGAACAAACUUAAGCAUGGGUAGCAGAGGAGUCAGAGACAUUCCAACAAUAUUUCAUCCUCAACAAACUCAUACUUCAAAUAUCAUUCUUGGUGACAAUCAGCAGAACCAUGGUUCCCAAAGCAGCCAAAUUACUCAUGAUAAUCCUGGAUGCGAACAGCAACAAGGAUGCAGCAUCAGCAGUGGUUGCAGCGAUUCUGCACCGAGUUGUCGUACUUUGGAGACAACCGGAAGUGGAGGAAUCGCCGAAAGAACUGGUGGCAACCAGGGCCACAUCAGUCAAAUACAAGUUCAACAACAUAUGUCUGCACCUUCUGUUACAUACCAACAAAGAUCUAAUUCUCUCUCAGCUUGCUACGCUUCCUGUUGCGCUGAGUCUGCAAAAAAGAUAUACUUUGGAGUGUGUGUAACCAUAUGCGUCACAGCAAGCUGGGUCGGUGCAACACAUUGUAUUAAAUAUUUAUAUUUCAACAAACUUGACAGUUCCAGCUCUUUAUUAUCUUCGAACUCAUCAGCGACGGGGCUACAUCAGCAGCAUACGGUUCCAUACAACGCGCCCUUCUUCACAACAUGGUUCUGCACGAACUGGGAAAUCCUCUACUACCCCAUUUACUUCAUUUGCCAAGCGGCGAGAAUCAAAUGCAACACUCCAUCCGAGAUCAUCGCAGAAAAUUUGCGUGGAUUUCGUGACAAAGGGUUCACCGGCGGACGUUUCUUGAGUAGAUGUAGCUUAUUCUGUGGACUUUGGGUGGUUACCAAUUACAUGUACAUUUACUCGCUCAGAAUAUUGUUAGCUACCGAUGUGAUGGCUCUUUUCGCGACAAACGUGUCCUGCGUUUAUUUAUUAUCAUGGGUUAUUCUUCACGAGCAAUUCGUUGGCGUAAGGAUAGUAGCAGUAAUUUUGUGCAACACUGGGAUUGCACUUUUUGCGUAUAUGGAUGGAAUAACCGGAAGUCCAACCUUAGGAGGUGUUGUUCUAGCAACGUCCGCAGCAGCUGGUUCUGCUGUUUACAAGGUGCUGUUCAAGAAAGUUCUAGGAGAAACGACAUUCGGACAAAUGUCUCUGUUCUUUUCACUUAUCGGAUUGUGCAAUGCGAUGCUGUUAUGGCCAAUUUGUUUGGCUCUGUACUUUACGGGGGUCGAGAGUGUGCAUUGGGAACGGUUACCAUGGACAGCAUUACUUCUAGCUAGCAUUCUCCAUUUAGUUGCAAAUAUGCUUGGCAACUUCAGUAUUGCUCUGACAUAUGACCUGUUCAUCACUCUGGGAUUAAUCACAGCUGUACCUGUGUCUGCUGCGCUAGAUGUUGUUUUAUAUGGAGCCCAUUUUGUGGGUAUGAAACUAGCAGGGAUGAUUUUCAUAGCAGUUGGCUUCUUCCUUGUGAUGUUUCCGGACAAUUGGCCCGAUUAUAUAACCAGAUUACUUCGAAACAUAGUCCUCAUGAGUCACAGUUCGAGUACCACGGGAACCCAGCAGCACAGGAACAAUGCUACUAGAAGCCGGUGUUCCUCAAUGCACCAACGGCAAUAUCGGCUGAGAAGCUACGGGGUCUCGUCGGGCCAUGAUGACGGGCAAAUGCUGCUACCGAUUAACAACAUUAACAGGAAUCAGAGUAACGGGAGUCCACGACCUCGACAACAACCUCCACCAUCACCUUGAACCUAACACACCGGCACAAUAACUCGUCCCAACAGAACAACAAGGUUUUCGAACCCCAACUUUGACGUCUCCCUAGUUCCAUUUCGUUCACGAAAACGACCUCGACCCCAAUCGCGACCUCAACCUUCAUCACGACGAAAAGUCAUCAAUGUUCCCACCUUUCUGGCCUACAGAGACAAUAACAAGGUAUGAGUGUACAUUUAGGACAAGAUAGAAGCCGACCUCUGCGUACGGUACACAGAUGAAUCCCGAUCUUUACCACUGGAGAUUGCUGACUCUUGGGAUCGAAACAGAAAUCGCAUUGCUCCCUUUUGUUUCUUCUUUCUUUAACGAUUCUCUAGUGGAGAAAAGGAAUUUACAUUUAUUCUAUGCCAAUCAAAGACGUUGGGACCAAGAUGACCAAUUUAUUCUGUCUACAUAAAAUACUAGGAUUUAAUACUAUUAAUAUAUAUAUAUAUAUUUUAAUUAUGCAUUUGUUAUCGCUA